AUGACGUCUCCUCCUACCACAAGCACCUGGGAGAAGUCCAAGCAGCGCGCGGCCCAACAGGAGCUCAAGCAGCGGCAGCGCGCCGAGAUCUAUGCCCUCAACAGAGUGAUGACGGAGCUGGAGCAGCAGCAGUUCGAUGCCUUCUGCAAACAGAUGCAGGCGUCUGGUGAGUGAGGGCUUGACCCUGCACCCAGGGGGCCAGCAGCUGUUUCACCUGCACGUCCAGCCUGGAGGAACGGCGCCCCAUUCCCCAGCUGGCCACCAUCUGCCAUCGGGUGGAACUGGACAACCCCUGACCGUGGAUAAGACAGUGAGCGGGAGAUGCUUCCCCAGCCAGUGUCUGGCUCUUGACUUCUCUCAUGGGUCGUCUGGCCUCUCCUCCUCCUCAUUUUGGAACGCUGGUUUUUAACUCUAUUUAUU